ACAACUAUACUAAAUGAAAUUUUAAUUUUUAAUCAUAAAAAUUAUUAUUAGUUUUUAGUGCAGCCAUUCCGUCGGAAGAGUUGGAAGGUAAUGAAACGAGGAGCGAAAAUGGAAGACCAGGAAUAGCUUCAUUCCUUCUCCCCUUGUUCGGCAUUGAGAAAAUCCAUGGCCCCCAAGCCUAAGGACAAACCAAAAUCACCUGCGUCUCCGGCGCCGCCGCCGCAGCCGCAGCUGCCUCCAUCAAUCGAAGAUCUGUUCACUUCACUUAACCGACACAUCGAGCGAUCCGAGUUCAAGCCUGCCGUCAAGGUCGCAGAUCAAGUUCUCUCGAUUGCGCCGGGAGAUGAGGAUGCAAUCCGAUGCAAAGUUGUGGCGUUGAUAAAGGGAGAUAACAUCGACGCUGCUCUCUCCACGAUUCAGUCUUCUCAAAAGCUUCCCAUUGAUCUCAGUUUCUUCAAGGCCUGUGUGUAUCUCCUAGGUAGUUUCUUUUUUCUCUAUGAGGAGGCUUACUGUCUAUACAGACUGAAUAGGUUGGAUGAGGCUUUAGAGUCCUUGAAAAAUCAAGAGAGAAAUUCUGCUACCAUGUUGCUAGAAUCUCAAAUUCUGUAUCGUCUAGGAAAAAUGGAUGCCUGUGUGGAUGUCUAUCGUCUGCUUCAACAGUCCAAGAUUGAAUCCGUUGAAAUAAAUCUUGUUGCUAGCUUGAUUUCUGCUGGAAGAGCUUCUGAAGUGAAGAGAACUUUGGAGUCACUUAGGAUUAAACCAAAUAGCAGUUUUGAGUUGGCAUACAAUGUUGCUUGUUCUUUGAUAGAAGACAAUAAAUACACAGAUGCAGAACAACUCUUGCUGGCAGCUCGAAGGAUUGGUCAGGAAACUCUUACAGAUGAGAACCUUGCUGAGGAUGAAAUAGAGGCUGAACUGGUUCCCAUUGCUGUUCAGUUAGCUUAUGUAGAGCAGCUCCUUGGUCGCACACAAGAGGCGCCAGGAUCUUAUACAGAAAUUAUAAACCAAAAUCUAGCUGAUGAAUCAUCACUUGCUGUGGCAAUCAACAACCUAAUUGCAGUGAAAGGUCCUAAAGAUAUUUCUGAUAGCCUGAAGAAACUAGAUCGGCUGAAGGAGAAAGAAUCUCAGAACUUUCAGCUUGCUCAUGCACUUGAUUUAAAGCUUUCACCAAAGCAAAGGGAGACAAUAUAUGCAAAUCGGCUUCUUUUACUUCUUCAUGCAAAUAAGAUAGAUCAGGCACGGGAACUAGUGGCUGCUUUGCCAGAUAUUUUUCCUGAUAGUGUGAUGCCCGUAUUGCUUCAAGCUGCAGUCUUGGUCAGAGAGAACAAAGCUGGGAAAGCUGAAGAAUUGUUGGCUCAAUUUGCUGACAAAUUCCCUGAGAAGUCAAAAAUUGCUUUCCUGUCUAGGGCACAGGUUGCUGCUGCUGUUGGCCAUGUACAAAUUGCUGCUGAAUCCCUUGCUAAGAUACCUGGUAUCCAAUACAUGCCUGCCACUGUUGCAACCCUUGUUACUCUCAAAGAGCGUGCUGGAGAUAUAAAUGGUGCAAGUUCUGUACUCGAGUCUGCAAUCAAAUGGUGGUCAAAUGCCAUGACUGAGGACAAUAAGCUUGGUAUUAUAAUGCAAGAGGCUGCUUCCUUUAAGCUCAGGCAUGGCAAAGAGGAGGAUGCUGCCUGCCUAUACGAGGAGCUUGUGAAGAAUCAAGGAGGCAUAGGAGCCCUGGUUGGGUUGGUACGUACGGUUGCUCAUGUGAAUGUUGACAAAGCAGAAGCUUAUGAGAAGCAGCUCAAGCCGUUACAAGGUUUGAAGGAGGUUGACGUGGAUAGUUUAGAGAAGACUUCUGGGGCAAAACAGGUUGAUGGAGCUCCUCAUGUUGAGCUUCCUGGAGCACAAGAUGAAAGUAAGAUCAAGGAGAAACCAAAGAAAAAGAGAAAGAGAAAACCAAGAUAUCCAAAAGGUUUUGACCCUGCAAACCCUGGUCCCCCACCAGAUCCAGAGAGGUGGCUCCCUAAGAGGGAGAGGUCAAGUUACAGGCCCAAGAGAAAGGACAAGAGGGCAGCUCAGGUGAGAGGUUCCCAGGGUGCAGUGGUUAGAGAAAAGAGUGAAGUUGGUGCUACUGCAACCAAUCCCAGCACUUCUUCCAAGUCAACCCAAGCUACCAGUUCUAAGGGAGCUUCACAGCCUGCAGAAUCAUCCAAGCCUUCAUCCAAGUCAUCAAGAAAAAAAUCCAGAAAGUAACAAUCAACGAGCAACCUUUUUUUUGGGUGAAAAACUUUCCAAUAGGUUUACAUUUAACAUUGUUUACAUUGUCAUUAAUUUUGACAGUUUGUUGGCUGAGCUGGUUAUAUUUAAAAUCAAUAAGAACACUUAGAUAGU